AUGAAUAUAGUCGUGAACGGAAGAGGCUUCAUUGCCAAGGACAUCGGGAUCGAGAACACAGCGGGCCCUAGCGGUCACCAGGCAGUGGCGGUGAGAGCAUCAGGUGACGUGGGCAUCUUCUUCAACGUGCACAUGGACGGGUAUCAAGACACCCUCUAUUCCCAUGUCCAGCGCCAGUUGUUCAGGGAGUGCCGGAUCAGCGGCACUGUUGACUUUAUCUUCGGAAACGCUAUCUCUGUGUUCCAGAAGUGUGAGCUGGUGGUGCGGAAGCCGAACCCCAACCAGGCCUGCAUGGUCACCGCCCAGGGACGCAACGAGAAGAACCUCACUGGGAUUAUUAUCAUCCAAGGCUGCAACUUCACUGCGGAGAAGGACUACCUUGAUGCUCAGCCUCCCUUCAAGUCUUACCUCGGCCGCCCGUGGAAGGUUCUAUCCAGGACGGUCAUCAUGCACAGCACCAUUGACGGCUUCAUAUCUCCUGAUGGCUGGUCUCCAUGGGAGGGGACCGUCGGCUUGGAUACCCUCUUCUACGUCGAGUAUAAGAACACUGGGCCCGGCUCCGAUCUCUCCAAACGUGUCACCUGGCCUGGUAUAAAGCAGUUUGCCAAUGAUGAAGAAGCAAAGGCAUAUACUCCCCUCGUACAUUUUAUUGAAGAUGGAUGGAUCCUUGACAGUGGAGUUCCUUUCGCUCCCGAAUUCCUCUAACUUCAAUUCUACUAAAUUUUCUUUUCGUUUAUUAUUAGCUACGUACAAUCAAAUCAACGGAUUGGAUUGUGUUUUAAUUUAGGUACUACUACUACUAGCUUUUCCACUUGUCCUAGUCGUUUUAAUGUUUUCAUUAUUUUCUAUUUCAAACUAUGGGUUUGUGUUAUUUGUCUAUCGAUAUCUAAUUGUUUGGAUUUCAUAGCUGUACGUUUUAUUAAAUAGCAGUAGUAGGGAAAGUAAAUCCCUGAAAUUUACUCCCUCAUCUCCGAAUAAGAGUUACUAAUUUUCAUUUU